GUGGCUGCUGACUUGUAACAUAGUCAGUGUGAGGUAGCUUUAAUCACUGGAGAGAAGUGGGUACUGUAGUUAGACAUGGCAUCGAAAUCACUGUGCUUCGUGCUUCUGUCUGUGCUGGUGGCGUAUUACAUUUAUAAACCUCUGCCAGACAAUAUUGAGGAGAAAUGGAAAGUUAUGUUGAUGGAUGCUACUUUCAGAAGUCUUGGACAUUUGAGUACUUUGGCUGAGAUGUUUGGGAUGAAGCAUUACAUGGACGUAAUGAUGCUUUUAACCUUUGCGGAACACACAGAGCCCGUAUCCGAUGACAAUGUCAUUGUAAAAGACACAUCAUUAAUCAAUGUACCAGUGCGGUUAUAUAUGCCAAAAGGAAAAUCAAACACCCUGAGAAGAGCAGUGAUAUUCAUUCAUGGUGGUGGAUGGUGCUUAGGAAGUGCUGCCAUGAAGCCAUAUGAUCUGCAAUCAAAACAAGCUGCACAUGUGCUCAAUGCCAUAAUUGUGUCCAUCGAUUACCGUUUAGCGCCAAAGUUUCACUUUCCAGACCAAUUCAAUGAUGUGUAUGAUGUAGUAAAAUUUUUUCUGCAAGAAGAGGUGCUCAAAAAGUAUUCUGUAGAUCGUAACCGUAUAGCUGUGUCUGGAGACAGCGCUGGAGGGAAUUUAGCUGCUGCUGUAGCACAAAUGCUGCUUCAUGACCCAGAAGUCAAUGUGAAACUCAAGAUUCAAGUGUUAAUAUACCCAGUCCUCCAGAGCCUUGAUCUUAAUACUCCAUCUUACAAAGAAAAUGCCAACAUGCCUUUACUCUCCAAAACACUGAUGGUCCGAUUCUGGAGUGAAUACUACACCACAGAUCGAUCACUGUUUGAAGCAAUGAUGUCCAAUAAGCACAUCCCAUCUCAAGAUGCCCAUUUAUAUAAGGGUCAAGUGCUGGGAAAAAAGUGUUGGAAACUCACCCAAGCUUUCCACUCAAUGGCUGGUCCUGCAGGACUCCUACUAAUGGGAGCAGUGUUACUGCUGUGAAAAAAGUGCAGCAACUCCGGACUUAAGCCCUGUGUAUGUGGCAUACUGUAUGUCAUCCGUGUGACUCUUGUUCUCAUGUUGUCCCUCUGAAAUGCUCUGUUUGUAAGUAGGUGAAGUAUGAUUUUCUCUCCUUUUAUUUCAUACAUCUUUUUUUAUUGAAAAUGAAACAUUUGUUUUUACAAAUAAAGUUUUUUUUUUACACAAAGAAUUAGUAAAUUUCUGCAGAAGCUGUACCUUAAUAUGUCUAGUAUUAGAAUACUCUACCAGACAUAGCAAUAAGAAGGGGUGCGUUUCUCAUACAGACACAAGGCAAAUGGAACAGACACUUUUGGGCGGGCUAUUUACAAAAAAUAUUAAUUACAAUAAUUGUUCAUUAUUACUAUUUUUUUGUAAUUGCUGUGUCGUGACAAAACCAAUAUUUGGGUAAUUCAUAAUGUAUAUAAUAAAAAAAGAUAUUAGAAGUGCAUACCUGAGAUAUUAGGGUAUUUUUGAAGCUGUAUGAAGCAAUAAAUAAGUACACAUUUAAUACUAAAUACACAAAAGAAAUAUGAUUAUUUCUGUGACACAGCCCUGUGUUUACUCCAGCCUUCCUUUCUGUCAAACAGCAUGUACCAUUAACAGAGGCCAUCAUUCUACUGGAGGAGCAGUGAGGGAAAGGUAGUUCCUGCCCAUACAGUGCUGGCUAUGAGAACAGGCUAAGCCAGGGAUUCUCAGACUUUUCUACUGGAGCCUCACCCAACAGACCCAAGUGAUGCCUGGCCCUCAGCAGAGGGAUGCUUGAGUAUCCCCACAUGUUGUGGAAGUCCAUGCAAACAGUUAAAAUAUUGCUUAGUCUACCUUUUAUUUGUCUCCUAACCUAUGUUAAGCAGUAAUAUGAGCAUGCAAUCAGUCAAUAAUGUUGCUAAACCAGAGAUUGUUGAAGACAUGGAUAGUUACAUAAACACUACCUCCUGAGCCGCGUUUCACCAACAACUAGGGGGAACUUCACUGGUGAGGUCCACUUCACAAUUUUAGAUUUUAGAUAAAAAGAAGUGUCUGGCAAAAAAUUUGAACAGUGGAACGGGGGCAGUUUAUUGAUUAACAUUACUGGUAGGUCUAACAAAGGCUACUGAAAAUCAGUGAGUGUGUCAUAAUCUAAUUGAAAUGACUAAAAUCACUUGGUUGAUCCAAAAAGAACUCAAUUAGUGUGUAGAAA